AUGGCUCAACCUCCUCAACCUUCUCAACCUCCAUUUGGUUCUUGGAUUAUUCAAACCCUAACUCCAUCGUGGGUUUCAGAUAUCACUCUCUUCCGACAAACCGAUGGGGAAGAGAUUGUGUCCAAGAGGAAUACCCUAUUAGCAAUGACCACAGUUGUGGGUGCUUUAGUGUUUGGUAUGGGCGUAAAUCCACCGGCGGAAUACUGCAAGUGCUUCAAAGAGAAACAAAAAGUAUGCAGCUGUACGAUAGCGAUUUAUUUGUGGGAGUUCAUUAUGUCUAAAGCAUUGGUGACAUGUCUUUUGGUCAUCAAAUUUCGGGUGGGACAGUGUCCGGUUAGGCAAUUUAUCAACCUUCUCCUUCUCUAUCUUUUGAUUGGAUAUUGGUGCAUACUGACUACGUUCCUUCACUUAAAAUUAUGGGUGAUUAUGUUAUGCAUGUGUUGUGUUCCUGCUAUUUUUUCCUUGUCGGUAAGGAGAUACACUGACCAAGCCGUUGAGGGAAAUGGAGGGGUUCUUGGAGUAGGCAUUGAAGCUGGUGCGAGAUAUAAUGUUGCCAUUGAAGCAAGUGUUGGAGGGGGCGUUGAAGAAGGUGCAGGACAGAAUGUUGUUGAAGCAAGUGCUGGAGGGGGCAUUGGUCUUUUGAGCAUAGGUCUCAGUUGUUGA